AAGAAACUACUCCUUCCUCGCCUAAAAAACGGAACACUAAUCCGAUCCUCAAAUCGUCGAGUCCUUAGGUUUACUUAGGUUUACGGUAGACUCCUCAAAUCCUCACUCGCAGAAGGCGUCCUAAUCGCAAAUUGGAGACUUCUCUUUCAGGCGCGACGACGGCCAUCUUGAAUCGGAUUCGCUGCGCUCUUCAGAUCUCCACCAUCGCUGCUAAUUAAGCAUUGUAGGUGGCCCAGCGGGCUAUUAGAGGAUGCAAUCUAUAAUGAAUGGCUUGAUAGGGCAGCAGAGCGGUAUAGGAACAUGACGUCCAACAUUAGAACGGGGCGCGUAGCAUGGAGACCCACGAAGAUAUCAUGAAAGCUUGGAAAAAGGUAAAAGUUUAUGAAAUUUCACAACUAUUUUGUUUAUGUGUAGCAUGAAGUUUUUGUUAUUUUGGUUGUUGUUUAUGUGUUUCAUGUGUUGCAUAUUUUAAAUUCAACAAUGGAGAAGAAAAAUCAGAGAUAUCACCCAAAAACACAGCGAUGCACCAGCUGCGAUUAAAGAAAAUCCGUAGCUCCGAUUGAUGUGAAAAUUGAACAGAUUGAAGCCCUAAGUGUUGGGAACAACCUCUGAAAAUUUCAGCUCAAUCCAACGGUCGGAUCUACGGCGAUGAUCGGAUUUGUGCGGCUGGUCUGAAAAUUCUGCACCAGCCCUUCUCACUCUCUCUCUUCUGUUUUUUUUCUUCUUGCUCUCUGUUUUUCGAUUGGAGUGGUGAUGAGCAAAAAAAAAAUCUGAACAAGGAAAGAAGAAUAGGCGAAAAGGCAGCCUAGAUAAAUGUGCAACAGGGACGUAUACUGGUGGUCCUUUAUCAUUUCGAGAAAAUCUCACCAAAGUUGUGAGCAUUAGUAUUUAUUAAGACAAAUGUUGUUUGGUUAUUAAUAACAUAUAUGUGAACUUCAGUUAUUUAUCAAAAGCUAAUUUAAUGCAGAUUAAGACAGGAGGUGAGAAUCGGAGACAAAGACAAAGAAGCAUGAUGAAGUAACGUUCAUUGAUGAGAAAUCACGAGAAGUAGCGAGGCGACAUAUGAUGCGAUGGAGCUAGUCACACAAUGGGAUAAUGUUCAAGCAUUCAAGGAGGAGUUGUACUAUGCCUCAGUUGAUGGACAUGAUGCUAAAAAACGUGUCUUUGGUGUAGGAAAGAUGUCCAAGACCAUGCGUCAUAUGCUGCCUCUCAACCGUCUAUCGUAGAAUCUCUCAACGGAGAUAUUAUCCAGAUGCUUCGUGAACCUAUUGCCUAAACAAUCAUGGAAGAGAUGCAUAGAUUGUUUGGAGAUCGCUUGCCCCGUAGAGAGGACGGAGGAGAUGGUGCUGGAAGUGCACCUCAAUGUUAGUGUAAUGGUUUAAUUUUUUAAAUAGAAAACAAUAGACAUUUUUUUUAUGUGACAGGUACAUUAACUCUUAUUUUAGAAUAUGAAAAAUACUGAAUUGAAACUCUUAUCUUGUGGAUUACAUAUGCGUUAUAUUAUGUUUAAUUUGAGGAUACUCCUUACAUUUAUUUGAUGAGGAAUUUAGUGGCGUCUGGAAAGAAAAGAAAGAAAGAAAUAGACUGCAUCUGAAUCAGAAGCGGCUAAAGGACACUGUACAGAAAGAUCGCCGGCCGACCGAUCCAUUAGGAUGUGCUCCGUUUCUUUCCUCGGACUUAACCGAUUGGGCUUAGGGCUGCUUUUCCAGUCGGAAAGUUGGGCAGUGAGAUGGGGACGGAAUCGCUACUGCCAUACAAACUUGAUGCGGCAGAUGAAACCGAGGAAGAGCUUGUGGGCGCAGAUUAUUCGUCCAGCCAAUCCCAAGAUCCAUGUCAAACCAAAGCUAGACAACUGGGUUAAAGAUCAGAAGAAAAAGGCUCCGGCCGGCGACCUCAAGAGGAUCCUGCUCAGACUUCGUCAGGACGGGCGCUUCCAUCAAGCUCUACAGGUAUAUGAGUGGAUGAGAAGGAAAGGUAUUUAUAAAUUCUCAUCUAGUGACUAUGCUGUCCAGUUCAACUUGAUAUGUAAGGUUCGAGGAGGUUUUGCUGCGGAUCGCUAUGUCAGGAAGUUGCCAAAACAAACUAGAAAUGACAAAUAUGGAGAACUCCUUCAUUGUUAUGUGAAUGAACACAUAGAAGACAUAUUUAGUAGACCUUUAGGGCAUCUUCAGAAGAUGAAAAAGUUGGGUUUUGCAUUGUCGCCUCGCCCCUUCAAUGAAAUCAUGCACAUUCAAGGCCCCGAACCUAAGAAGGUCCUGAAGGUGUUAGCCAAGCUGAGGAAGAGUAAGGUUUUACCUGAUAAUGAUAGCUACAGAAUCUGCAUUAGUUCAUUUGGGUUAAUAUAUGAUGUGGAUGGGAUGGAGAGAAUGCUGAGAGAAAUGGAAAGUCAACCUCAAAUUGUCAUGGACUGGUGUACUUACGCCGUGGUAGCCGAGUUCUAUGAUAGAGAAUUCCUUGUAGAUAAGGCCGCCGAUGCUCUUGAAAAGGCAAGAGUGAUAUUACAAAAUAAGGGUGUUAGAAGAAAAAGCCCCAAUUAUCUUCUAAAAACUGAUUAUCUGAAUGUGAUAAGGUCAUUAGUGAAGCUUGGUGAGUUAGUUGAGGCUAUGAAGUUCACGAAUGAGUGGGAAGCAUUAGGUAAUUGGCGCAAUUUGCAGGAUAUUGGCAUUCCAUACACAAUUAUUGAAGGGUAUGUCAAAAAUGGUAAAUUACAAGAGGCAUUUUAUAGUAUUGAGACAUGGUCUAGAAAAGGGAAGAUUGGUGUGGACAAACUUUCAUGCUUACUUUGUAAAGAAUACCUGAAAGUGGGUAAUGUGAUUCAAGCAUUUAACUGCUUUCGGGGAACUCGACAUUCUUCUGAACUUCACCCAAUCCUUCCCAUGCUGUUUUUCGAAUACAUAGAAAAGAAAUGUGGAUCAUUAUUUCCCUUGCACUGCACUAGGUCAGUUAAACCUGCCACGGGCACAAUAUUCUUAGAUGUCAAUACAAUCGGUUCGGUACAACAUGAGAACUCGACUCAAGCCUUAAAUAUGGAUUACGAGAAUAUUGUCAAGUCAUUAGUUGAUUCAGGCAAGUUAGAUGAAGCCAGGAAGAUGGCGAUAAAGUGGGAAUUAUCUUGCAAAGGGCGUAGUUCGGAUUGUUUGAACAUUCUUAAGAUAAUCACUGAGGGAUAUUGUAAAAUGUCUUUCUUUGUGGAAGCAGAGGCAAUGGCGGAAGCUUGGACAAGAGAAAAAAGGUCUCAGGUUGCAGAAAUCUGGUUUGUACUAGCUUCGCAUUACCAGCUUCAUGGUAAAAUGGUAAGGGGAUUCGAGUGCAUGAGGAGGUGUUUCGAUUUAACACCGGGGCUCAAGGGCAAUUACGAUAUGAUGUUGUGGACGUUUAUGAAUGGGAUUGGGUAUUUAAGUGGCAUGAGUAAUGUACGGGGGACAGUAUAACUAACAAUGAGAAGAUUCAUCCAUCAUUUGCCAUUAAAAACGCUGUCUUCUAUAUUAUAGGGUUCAUUCUGUCCGUCCUUUGAGAUGUUAUUACAGCUGAUUUUCUAUUGGUUUC